AUGGUCCCAGAGCCGGGCCCUGUCAACAAUAGCAGCCCAGCCUGGGGCCCCGGGCCACCGCCUGCCCCAGGGGGAAGCGGCUGGGUGGCCGCCGCUCUGUGCGUGGUCAUCUUACUGACAGCGGCGGCCAAUUCGCUGCUGAUCUUGCUCAUCUGCACGCAGCCCGCGCUGCGCAACACGUCUAACUUCUUCCUGGUGUCGCUCUUCACGUCGGACCUGAUGGUGGGGUUGGUGGUGAUGCCCCCGGCCAUGCUGAACGCGCUGUAUGGGCGCUGGGUGCUAGCGGGCGGCCUCUGCCUGCUUUGGACCGCCUUCGACGUGAUGUGCUGCAGCGCCUCCAUCCUCAACCUCUGCCUCAUCAGCCUGGACCGCUACCUGCUCAUCCUCUCGCCGCUGCGCUACAAGCUGCGCAUGACAGCCCCGCGGGCCUUGGCGCUCAUCCUGGGUGCCUGGAGUCUCGCGGCGCUUGCCUCCUUCCUGCCCCUGUUGCUGGGCUGGCACAAACUGGGCAACGCUCGGACACCUGCCCCCGACCAGUGCCGCCUAUUGGCCAGCCUGCCUUAUGUCCUCGUGGCGUCCGGAGUCACCUUUUUCCUGCCUUCAGGUGCCAUAUGCUUCACCUACUGCAGGAUUCUGCUGGCUGCCCGCAAGCAGGCAGUGCAAGUGGCCUCGCUCACCACGGGCAUGGCUGGUCAGGCCUUGGAGACCUUGCAGGUGCCCAGGACCCCACGUCCAGGGAUGGAGUCGGCGGACAGUAGGCGGUUGGCUACCAAGCAUAGUAGGAAGGCCUUGAAGGCCAGCCUGACCCUGGGCAUCCUGCUGGGCAUGUUCUUUGUCACCUGGCUGCCCUUCUUUGUGGCCAACAUAGCUCAGGCUGUGUGUGACUGCAUCUCCCCAGGCCUCUUUGAUGUCCUCACGUGGCUCGGGUAUUGUAAUAGCACCAUGAACCCCAUCAUCUACCCACUCUUCAUGCGGGACUUCAAGAGAGCCCUGGGUAGGUUCCUGCCAUGCAUCCACUGUCCCCCGGAGCACCGGGCCAGCCCUGCCUCCCCCUCCAUGUGGACUUCUCACAGUGGUGCGAGACCAGGCCUCAGCCUGCAGCAGGUGCUGCCUCUGCCCCUGCCGCCGAACUCAGAUUCAGACUCAGCUUCGGGGGGCACCUCGGGCCUUCAGCUCACAGCUCAGCUUCUGCUGCCUGGAGAGGCAACCCGGGACCCCCCGCCACCCACCAGGGCCACCGCUGUGGUCAACUUCUUCGUUGCGGACUCUGUGGAGCCCGACAUACGGCAGCAUCCACUCAGUUCUCCCACGAACUGACCAGGUCAAGAGCUGGCCAGUGGAGAGCCACAUCCCAGAGACCUCAGCCCACUCUCCCUAAGACUGGGAGGUGGUAGGCCUCCUGGGAGCCUGCUGAGCUCCAUGAGACAUCCUCAGCUAGCCCCCAUCUUCUGCUACAGGCCCCUUGACAUGAGGGAUGUUCAGAAACACCUCUGUAGGGUGUAGGUAGGGUGCUCCAGUAUGGAGGUCACUGUGGUUGUGUAGUGUGGCUGGGGGAGCUGAGGGAGAUGGGCCAUUUGGUUCAGGCCAGCAGGAAAGCAAUCUGUCUGGAGUCCUUUCUCUCUUGGUGAGUGGAAAGAACACAUUCACCUAGACACCCCGGUUCUUGUCUGGCCCAAUCCCCUGCUAUCCAAAGUGCCAUCAAUGGGCUACUUGGGGGCCCUCACAGGCUCUGGGGAGUUUAUUCAAAGUGCCCACCCUCUCCACUGAAGAUGUGCUCAAUCCAAAUUGUGUGUUCAUGAGCUUUCCCACAUAUGUAUUCGCUGGACACUUCAGACCUGCCAGCCCUUAGGAUGAGGAUUGCAACGUUAAAGAGCCCCUUAGACUGGAAGCCGGGCAGGCAGAAACAUGACCCUUUCCUCAACUGUAUAUGGCAGUUUGGGGACUUGGCACAGGUCUCCAGGGAGAGUAGUGUUACCACCUCUUAAGACAAUGUGAAGGCUGUGCCCAGCACCUGUGGUAAAUUCUGUGGCUUUAACCCCUGGUCAGCCAGGGCUUGGCUCUGGUAGAAGGCUGGCAAGCACCUCUCUCCUCCCCUCCCCUCCUUCCCUCUCUUCCCUUUUCUUACCUCCCUUUUAUUUUUUUUCUAGGGUCUCAUGUAGCCCAGGCUGCCCUCAAGUUCCCCGUGUGGCCAAGGAUGACCUUGAACUUCCGAUCCUCUUGCCUCUACCUCCCAAGUGCUGGGAUCACAGGCAUGUAGCACACACCAGGUUUAUGUGGUGCUGGGGAUGGACCUCAGGGCUUCAUGCAUUCUAGGAAAGCAAUCUAUCAACUGAGCUAUGUCCCCAGCACCCCCACCCCCACUUUUCUGUUAGGACUGCCUUGCGCAUACUAGGCAAGUGCUCUCUGUGGAGCCCCACCUUAGCCCCAUUGCUCUUUUCCAGCCUAGAUUCCCAUACCUUAACUCAGGCUCCCAUCCUUGUUCUGGUGGGUGGGAACCCCGUCACUCAGGGACCCUUCCGGCCCCAUCUGCUGUUCUGCCUCUAGAGGCCCAGGGGCUGGUGACAGAUCUUGUGCAACCUCAAGAGAGGGUUUCCUCCACCCUGGGCUUCCCGGAGAGGAAGCAGCUGAUGGAGGCGGACCAGUUCCUCACCCUGCCUGCUUUGGUCCUCCCGAGGGUCGCUGAAAGAAAGGACAGCUGCUUGGGUGGGCAGAGCAGAGUUGAAGAGGAAUGUCUUGGACUUUAGGGUGAAGCCACAGGCAGGCAGGUGGGCUCCGGCGUGGGCCUGGCUUUGUGGGCAAGGGCAGGGGACUCUUGGCUCCAUGCUUCUCUGCAAUGAGUUCCUCUUCAGCUCUGCUCCGGGUCUUUCUUCAAGCCCUUAUUACGUUCCAUCAACCAGGUUCCCAGGCUUGCCCAGAGUGACCAGGAGCUCUCCUUGGUGCUGAUCAUAUUCAACUGGGCCCUGGCAGCAGGGUUUUGGUGCUUGCCAGGGUUUCUCUGCCUCAAGGCCUGCCUGAGGGACUCAAUAAACAAAAGCUGAAGAAAGCG